AUGUUCCGCGCAACAUCGCGAGGCGCAAGCGUCUAUGCCUCAAAAUUCACAACCGCACAGCGCAGUUCCUUGACCCGAUCAAUAUGCAACAACACCACACAACCAAUCCUACGCCCGAGAUAUAACAAUGCCACUCGGUUUUCGCACUCGCAUCUUCCUCACCCCAGAUACCUUACCAUCGCCCAGAAAGUGCGCCUGAAAUACCGCGAAGCCUCCAAGGGCAUCUUCCGCAAGAACCCGGUUCUCCUGCCGCUGGCCAUCUUCUCAGUCGUCGGCGGUCUUGCUAUCUUCGCAUAUAUCUCGUAUGUGGAAGUCACUCGUGUCCAGCCACAAUAUCACAAGUUCCCGCAGCCGGUGGCGGACUCUCUGCGCACGGCAGUGUACUACACCGAGAUUGACCUCAAUCCACCCAAGGCGUUGAAGGCUUACAAAGAGGCGUUGCGGAUCGCUGUGGAGAUGGGUAUGCACCCGUUUUCAGACGAGGUUCUAGGAAUCAAGUUGCAAGUGGCUAUGAUGCUGGAAAAGGCCGGGCUGGUGAAGCCCGCGAUCGAGGUGCUGGAGCGAACAAAGAAUGAGGCGCUGAGCUGGGUCGAGGAAGGUCGAGAAUCGGAGUCUGCCCCGGUUGACAAGUCAAAGACAGAGAAGGUCCUUGCACAGGCCAAGAUUGCGCCGGAGAAUGUGCAGAUUGACGAGGGCGCGCUCCAGGAUGCGGAGAAGGAGAUGAAGGAGAUGCAGGAGUUUGAGGCGCGCCAGCGUGAUCGGACGCUGAAGAAAGUUGUUGGCAUGGAGAUGAAGCUCGGCGAGCUGUACUCGAGCGAGUAUAUUCAGGACGAGAAGAAGGCAGAGGCGGCGCAGGUUGCUGCCGUAGAGCUUUGCCUGAAGGAGAUGCACCGCCGGCAGAAGCUGGGUCUCUCCGUAGGAAGUGCGGCUACAGGCGAUGGGUCUGACAACUCAUGGUUGAAUAUGACUGAGAUUGCCACUGCGCUGGCGGAGCUCGCAGACACCUAUAGCGCGAAAGAGCGUCACGAGCUUGCUAUGCCUCUGUAUCUCCGGGCACUGGAUAUGAUUCGUGGGGUCGAAGGGGAUUCGCCGUCCUGCAAGCAGGUUGUGCUGCUGAACAGUGUUGCCAGCACUAUGGCUGGCCAGGUGCAGUCGCCAGUUAAAGCUCGACCACAGGAGAAGCAGCCAAUCUCUCGUGAGCAGACCGUCGAGGCUGCACGGCAGUGGGCGCAGAAGUCUCUUGAUGUCGCAGCUCGCAUCCAACCGCCUGUGCGUGACGACGAGUGCGACAUAACAUGCGUUGCAGCCACCUAUAACCUGGGUGAGAUUGCAGAGCUACAGAAUAAACCUGACGUGGCUUUGCAAAGAUAUACCGAGGCCAAAUCACUGGCGAAGGGACUUGGCUACGAAGAUGGGGUCUCGAUGGCCGACGCGGCUUUGAAGAGACUUAGGAAAUAA